AAGACAUAUAAAACUGAUUAGAUAUAACAUAUAUAAAAUCAUAUAAAUAAUUAAAGUAAUAUAAUAUUAUUAAUAAUAAUGAUGCAUAUAAAUUUCUCCUUAUGUUCCAUAAUAUAAAAUUUUUUACAUGAAUGCACAAGAAUUAAGAAACUUACUUUUUAAAAAGAUAAUGUCAUUAAUAAUAUAAAAGGAAAAUAAGUUAACCAAUCAUAAAUAAAGUACUUUAAAAAUAUCAAAACAUAAAACAUCAAAACUUUUUCAAAACAUCUUAUAUUAUGGAAUGGAGGGAGUAUAAAUUAAUUUAAAAUUAGAGUAAAUAGCAAUCAAUUAUUAAAGUAUAUUUACUUUAGAAAUAUUUAUAUCCGUACAUGAAUAUGGAAAAAUCACCUAGUAUAUAUAUAUUAAGAAAUAUUUGAUGAGGACCCCAUUCGGGUUGUUCUCAGAAAACACCUCCGCUAAUUUACCAGACCAAUUGAAGAUUCUAAUUCCAUUAGCUGAUGACCGGUUUUUGUGUUUGAUACAUCAUACAUGUAAGGUCUUCUGUUAGCUAAACCAGUCAAAGUUAUACGCUAGAAAAAUCAAGUAACGUUGAUUUCACUUCAUGAUUUGAGUGGCAAUUAGCUCCACUUAGCCUACUUUUUUUUUCCAAGCUAGAAUACAAAGACUUCACUUAGCUUAGCUCUACUUCUUCUAGGUCAAGUUGCCUGGGAGACAUAGCUCAAGUUGAAGCCCACGUAUUUUUCUUUAAACCACCAACCUUCUCUCUCAUUUUUCUUAUAAAAAAAAUAUAUCAAGUUUCCUGGGUGCUUAGCUAAAGUUGAAACCCACGUAUUUUGUAUGCCACCAACCAUCUCUCUCAUUUUUCUUAUACCAAAAUAUAUCAAGUUGUCUAGGUGCGUCGCUCAAGUUGAAGCCCAUGUAUUUUUUUUAUUUAUACCACCAAUCUUCUCUCUCAUUUUUCUUAUACCAAAAUAAAUAUUCUUCAACAGUUUUCAUAAAGACAAUGCUUGAAUCCCGUGUGCGUUUGUAUUUUCUCAAGCUAAUCUUGCUCUGUUGUGUCCUCCCUUCAAGCUCCUUCACUAUAAACAUCGACAAUAGUAGUUACGUUGCUUGUGGUCCCCAUCAGACUCAAGCUCUCACUGAGUUCAUGAAUGAGUUUGAUAGCAGCCACUGCAACCUCACCGAUCCAUAUAAUGGAGUCUGGUGCGAUAACUCGACCAGUGCGGUCACAAAGCUACGACUCAGGGCCUGCCUCAGUGGAACUCUAAAGCGCAAUAGUAGUCUCUUCAGGUUACACCAUCUUCGUUACCUUGUCCUCAGUCAAAACAACUUCAUCUCAUCUUCACUUCCUUCGGAAUUUGGCAAUCUCAAAAGGUUAGAGGUCUUAUCUCUUAAGAAAAAUGGCUUCGUUGGACAAGUUCCUUCCUCAUUUAAUAGCCUAAGCCUUCUUUCCGUUCUAGACCUUUCCCAAAAUACACUCACCGGUAGUUUCCCACCUGUACGAAACCUAGUAAAGCUCUCGGUUUUAGACCUUUCUUAUAAUCAUUUCUCUGGAACUUUAAAUCCCAACAGUAGCCUAUUUGAGUUGCACCACCUUCGUCACCUUGAUCUAUGUGUCAACAACUUCAGUUCAUCAAUGCCUUCUGAAUUUGGAAAUCUCAACAGACUAGAGGUCUUGUCUCUUUGCUCCAGUGACUUUUUCGGGCAAGCUCCUCUCACUAUUAGUAACCUAACCUCGUUAAUGGAAUUGUACCUUGACCACAACCAGCUCACCGGUAGUUUCCCACUUGUACAAAAUCUAACCAAACUCUCAUUUGUAGAUUUCAGUUAUAAUCACUUCUCUGGAACCAUUCCUUCUCUAGUCAAUAUGCCUUUCUUAUCAAUUAUAGAUCUGCGUAGAAACGAUCUCACCGGAUCUCUUAAAUUUCCUAACUCAUCUAGGCUCGAGUCCAUGUACCUUGGGAAUAACCAUUUUGAAGGAAAAAUCAUAGAGCCUAUCUCAAAGCUCAUCAGCCUCAAGGUUCUUGAACUUUCUUUCCUUAACACAAGCUAUCCAAUAGACAUAAGUCUCUUCUCCCCUCUCAAAUCUUUGUUGCUCCUUGAUCUUUCUGGUAACAGUAUAUCUCCGGACAGUCUAGGUUCAAAUUCAGACAUCCCAACCAACUUGGAGAAUUUGUGGUUAACUGGAUGCAGUAUCAGCGAGUUCCCAAAUGUGGUAAAGAACCUUGAGAGGUUGGAGUUUAUAGGAUUGUCCGACAACAGAAUCAAAGGAAAAGUCCCUGAGUGGUUGUGGAACCUUCCUCGUCUAAACACAGUGUUGGUUUCAAAUAAUUUGUUUGAUGGUUUCGAAGGUCCAGUGGAUGUUUUGGUAAAUUCAUCGGUGAAGAAUUUAUUUAUGGAUCAAAACAGUUUUGAAGGAGCAAUUCCAGUUCUACCACUCUCGAUCAACGUCUUCUCUGCAUCACACAACAGAUUCACAGGGAGCAUACCUCUUUCAGUUUGCAACUAUAGGUCUCUCACGGAUUUGAGGAUAGGUUUCAACAACCUCACGGGUCCAAUUCCUCAAUGCUUGAGUAACUUGACGCUUGUGAAUCUCCGGAAGAACAACUUGGAAGGAAGUAUUCCUGACGCCUUUUAUCUCAGUUCUUCUCUACGAUCACUUGAUGUUGGACACAAUCAACUCACGGGGAAGCUUCCAAGAUCUCUUCAAAACUGCUCAUCUCUAGAGUUUCUAGUUGUGGACCACAACAGAAUCAAAGACAAGUUUCCUUUUUGGCUCAAGGCUUUACCGAAUUUGCAAGUCCUUAUCCUCAGUUCUAACAAACUCUAUGGCUCUAUAUCUCCUCCUGGUCAAGGUCCCCUCGGGUUUCCGGAGCUGCGUAUAUUUGAAAUAUCUGAUAAUGAAUUUACUGGAAGCUUGCCACCAACAUACUUUGUCAAUUGGAAAGCAUCAUCACUUACAAUGAAUGAAGAUGGUGGUCUAUAUAUGGUAUACAUUAAAAGUACUUCCGGGAGACUAUCCUAUUUCAACGUAGAAACUAUAGAUUUGAAAUACAAAGGUCUAUCUAUGGAGCAAGAGAAUGUCCUUACCUCCUACGCCACCAUUGAUUUUUCUGGGAAUAAAAUUGAAGGACAGAUUCCUGAAUCCAUUGGUCUUCUGAAAGCAUUGAUUGCACUCAACUUCUCAAACAACGCCUUCACAGGUCAUAUUCCUAUGUCUUUCUACAGUUUGAGCAAUCUCGAGUCAUUAGACCUAUCAAGCAACCAACUCUCAGGGACUAUUCCUAAUGGAUUAGCCAGCCUCUCAUUUUUGGGGUACAUAAAUGUGUCUCACAACCAACUCAAGGGCGAAAUACCUCAAGGAACACAGAUUACGGGGCAACCUAAAUCUUCAUUUGAAGGGAAUGCAGGGCUUUGUGGUCUUCCUCUCCAGGAAACUUGCUUUGGGACUAAUGUGCCACCAACACAACAACCUAAGGAGGAAAAAGAAGGAGAAGAGGAAGAAGAAGUGUUGAACUGGAAAGGUGUGGCAAUAGGGUAUGGACCUGGAGUGUUACUUGGAUUAGCAAUAGCACAAGUCAUUGCUUCAUACAAACCUGAGUGGCUCGUUAAGAUAAUUGGUUCGAACAAGCGCAUAAGGCGUUAGGAAUGUUUUUGGUUUGUGUAUGAUCCUUCAAUGUAUGUCAAGUGGUUGAUGUGAUUCCUCUUGUAUGGAAGCAUCUAUUUAUGUGUGUUUCAUUAUCUGAUGCUUUGUUCUGCUUCGUUUUUUUAUUAAGUCUGGAUAAGAGGAAGGUUGGCAAUAUUUGAAUGCUUUACAAAUCUGGAUUCCAAUGUAGUUUUUUUUUUUUGCUUGCAAAAGUAGACAGCAUGUGUUUUAUUGUUUCCACGUUAAAUACCUUUACACAAUUCUGAAAUCUGCGGUGAAAAGAGAUUAUUGAUGUAAGUUUAUUAACCCUCAUUCCAAAUGUUUUUUCAAAUCUAUGAAAACAAUGUACACAAAACAUUAAAUAAAUUAUUAAUUUUUUUAUAAGGAUCAUAAAUGCAUAAUCGAACAAAUUUUAAAUUAUUUGUUUCUAACAAAAAGGUACAUUAAUUCAAAUUUUAUCAAAAUAGUUCAAAAAAAAUACAUAGCUUUCAAAAAUAGUAGUAGAUUUUAAAUCUAAUAGGGAUAAAAAUAAUGUAGAUUGAUGGUUAGAACUAUGAUGCAAAUAUAUGACAAAAAAAUCAUUUUCUGUUUAAAAUCGACAAUUCAUAUCAUUAUUACAUUUCAAUAAUGAGAAUGUAUUGUUCUUCAAUAUAAAUCUUUAAUUAAAUUUCCAAAAAACACUACACUAAAAAAAUAAAUGAUAAAACAUAGAAAUAUAAAAACCCAAUUUUUAAGAUACAAAAAAAAUAUUAAUUUUUAAAUCAGUUCAGACCAAUAAAAUAAAAAUUACACUUUAUAUGCGCGGAUUAAAAUCUAGUUAUUAAUUAAAGAUGAAAAUCACUAUUACUUCAAAAGCUAAGCCUUUAUUACCUCCUAAAUAUCAA